AUGGGGGAAAAACUCUAUGUAUGUAAACAAUGUGGGAAAGCUUUCAGUCACAUGGAUAUUUGUCAAAUACAUGCAAGAAUUCAUACUGGGGAGAAACCCUAUGUAUGUAUGCAAUGUGGGAAAGCUUUCAGUACAAAGGGUUAUUGUCAGACACAUGAAAAUAUUCACACAGGGGAGAAACCUUCUACAUGUAAGCAAUGUGGGAAAGCCUUCAGCAGAAAAUCUCACUGUCAAACACAUGAAAGAACUCACACUAGGGAAAAACCCUAUGCAUGUGAGAAAUGUGGGAAAGCCUUUAUGAGUUGCAGUGAAUGUAAAACACAUAAUAGAACACACACAACAGAGAAAGUAUAUAUAUGUAAGCAGUGUGGGAAAGCUUUUACCACACACAGAUCUUGUCAAAGAAAUGAAAGAAUACACACUGGGGAGAAACCGUAUAUAUGUAAGCAAUGUGGGAAGGCUUUUACCACACACAGAUCUUGUCAAAGACAUGAAAGAAUACACACUGGGGAGAAACCGUAUGUAUGUAAGCAAUGUGGGAAGGCUUUACCACACACAAAUCUUGUCUGGUACAUGAAAGAAUUCACACUGGGUCAAAACCCUAUUUAUGUAAACAGUGUGGAAAAGCUUUCACUACACAUGGAUAUUGCCAAAUACAUGAAAGACUUCACACUAGGGAGAAACCCUUUGUAUGUAAGCAAUGUGGGAAAGCUUUUACCACACGCAAAUCUUGUCAAAUACAUGAAAGAACACACACUGGGGAGAAACCGUAUAAAUGUAAGCAGUGUGGGAAAGCUUUUACCACACAGGGAUAUUGUCAGAUACAUGAAAGACUUCAUACUGGGGAGAAACCUUAUGUAUGCAAACAAUGUGGGAAAGCUUUCCCCUCACAUGGAUAUUGUCAAAUACAUGAAAAACUUCACACUGGGCAGAAACACUAUACAUGGAAGCAGGAUGGAAAAGCUUUCAGGUCACACAGUGAAUAUAAAAUACACGAAAGAGCUCAUACCGAAUAUUAAUCCUAUGUAUGUAAGCAGUGUGGGAAAGCUUUCACGAGGCACAGUAAAUGUAACAUAUAUGAUCAUCUUAUACUGGUAGAAAAUAUGUGUGUAAGCCAUGUGGGAAAACAUUCACCACAUGAAGAUCUUGUCAAAUAAAUGAUUUCACACUGGGAGCAAAGCCCAUGUGUUUAAGCAAUGUUGAAAUGAUUUCACCAGGCGUAGUGAAUGUAUAAUACAUGAAAGACCUAAUAAUCCUAUGCAUGUAAGCAGUGUGGGAAGGCUUUUAGCACACAUGAUGACUGUCACAUGUAUGAAAGAACUUACUGGGAAGAAAACCUAUGUGGAUUAGCAAUGUGGGAGAGAUGCCAGUCCACACACUUUGUUAAAUACAGGAAAGAAGCCUCCCAGGGGAGAAAGCUUAUAUUUGUAAGCUUAUUUUGAAAAUCCCAUAAAAUUUGUCAUGUAGUAAAGACCUGAAUAAUAAUUAAUACAAAAUGUUUGAUGUCAGUUGUUCUUCACAGAUUAUCCAGAGCGUAGAAAUCCAAGGUGGAACUAUCCUAAAGUACAUCUAUUGGGUGGUUUUCAUUAAAUCAUUUUUACAUGUCUAGGUUAUCUAUCUGUAGAUUUCAAUAUAGAGAUUCUAGAUUGGCAUAAUUUUGUAUUUUAAGUAUCUGCUUAAUCCAUAGUGUCUUUUAAUUAGACAUGGUGAAUCCAAAUGUGCUUUUUUAUUUCGGGUACAGUUAGUAUCUAUGUAGUUAAUGUUUUAUCUUUACAAUUAGGAAGUAUAUCGUACAAAAAAACCCCUUAAUUUAUAUAUUGUUUUCUGUUAAUUGUUGGGAUAUGACCACUGUGUUUGAUUCAAAUUUUUCUGCACAUACUCUAUGUUCAGUAUAACAAAUGAUGUUUUGGGCCUGGGGGUUUAGCUCAGUGGCAUAACCACCUGUCUUAUAAGCACAUAGUUGUGAGUUCGAUCCCCGGUACCAAUUUUUAAAAAAAGCAAACAAAUUUCUCAAUCUGAUGCUACAUUUUAUGUUGAUAUGCAUAUAUUCAGAGGCUUCUAAACGUAUUUUUAAUGAAGUUCUGGUGUUUUUCACAGAUUUGUCGAUUAGCAAAUGUUAUGUUUCUCUGUUGUGACAGGAUAACUACUUAUACCCUUACAUCAUUGUAUAUUAUAUCAUGUACAAAACGUUGCAUUUUCUUUCUUACUGAAGGCAGUAUCAUUCUUUAAAUAAUGUUAUAUUUUCUUCUUAAAAUUAUAGUUGUGACAUUUCCAUAUCAAUGAAUUUAAUUUGGUGUUAAGUUUUCCACCACAUAUACCAAAAAUAAAUCAUCCUGCUGUGAAUUUCUGACACUCCCUGAUCAACAGAACCAUAACUUCUCUCCAGAAGCGUAUCAUGAGUUAUAGUGCUGUUUCCCAAAAGUGUAAAUGGUGGUAUGAUUUAUCAGUAUCAGGAGUUUGAAAGCAUUUUUUGUCAGCUAUGGUGUUGUUUUGGGGAGCAUGGUUGCUAUUGAAUGUACAAGGCUGAUGCCUUUAUUCGAUUCCCUGAUGCUGUGAUGCCAUUCUAUCCUGGGUAUCUAUCCUGGGUAUUCACAGUUUUUACCUGAUACUCAGAACUAAUGACAUGAAGAAAACCUAACUCAUGUGAAGUAUCAGUCAGUUGGAUAAACAGGGAAUUAACUGAUAUAAUUCAGAUUGUUUUUUCUUUGACCGAUUUUUUAGACAAAUUUCUACAGUGCCAUUUCUCCAUGUUCAUAAUAAGCACCUCUGCCUGAUGUUUGCAGUGUGUGCCAGUUGCCAUCAAACACAUACAUUGGGCCAUGGUGGGUGCAUGUGCAUGUGUCCCAUUUGGUCACUUUUGACUGUAUGUUUGUACUCUCUUUUUAACAUAGUUGUAAUUGCAAAGUGUUUAAUACGGUACUUUCAAAUGCAAAAGUUGUGCAAUUUGUGAUGGGGUCAUGUUGUUAGAAGCCUAUAUCAUGAAAACAUGUGAGCACUGCAUUAAGUAUCCCUAAUGCAGUGAGUAUAGCUUGCCAUGGGAUUAAUUAUGUUUAUGCACAUAAAUUAUUAUCUAAUAUUAUGUCUAUUUUUUAUCCGAAAUAUACUCACAGAAGAAAGAACUGUAUAGUGUCAAUCUUUACACCCUACAACAUAUGGCCAGAUUCCCUGCAGCACAUUUCUGCUUACUGUUACCAGGAAGAUGUGUAGUGUGUAUUGCUCUCCCAUCUAGUAAUAGAAUAUUGGAACUAUAAGACAUUUAUCCUGAAUACAUUCACUUUCUCAUUAUUUUGCCAUGAAGACAAAUCUUGCUGGUCCUGCUGAUGCAUGCUUGUAAACCCAGCAACUCAGGAGACUUAAGUGAGUGAAGAAAAAGUUAAGUCCAGCCUACUCAACUUAGUAAGAGCCUGUCUCAAAAUAUACCAUCAAAUUCUGCAGAUGUAGCUCAGUGCUUCAGUUCUCCAAGAUCUGCUCCCCAGUUGCAGAACUAUUGUAAUGCUAGUACCCAUUGGGGUUGUCCUUUUCUCAUGUGACCCCUUAGUAGUUUGCCCUAAGCAUCCCUUGGGAAGUGCAUUUUUUUAUGGACUGACUGUACUGAGCAUCCUAGGUUAGAUGUCAUUUUAACCAGUUGAUUCUUGUGUUGAAUACACUAGACAAUGUUGUCAUUUUUGUAUUUUCUGUUAUAGUAUUUUAUACAAAGUAACACACAAAUUUUGGUCAUCCUGUAUUUGCUGGUAGGACUAAGUGAUUAAUAUAUAAUAAUCUAAACUAACUGAAAUACAUUUAAUCCCAGAAUCAGGAGAGACAGAGAUGCAUGAUCACCGUUUUAAAGCUAACUUGGGAGCAGCUUACCUAGAGACCUCAGCAAAGCAUGAAGCAGUUGUCUCUAUACCAGCAUUUGAAGUUUAAGGAAAGAAACAAGUUGAAGUGAAGAAUGUAAAUGUAAGAUAGAAUUAAAAGAUCACUACUGAAAAUCACUAUGAUCUUGUUCAGGAAAUAUACUUCUGAUGAUAAUAUUUGUGCUGUAGUCACAUAUAUGCCUCUAUCACAAUAAACCAUAAAUAAUGAAAUAUGAAACAGCCAGGCAUCUCAGUUUCUGACUAUAAAGAUGUUAAAAAUUUUGUUUUCUCAAUACUGUUGCUGGUAUUUUGUGUAGAAAAUGAGAUAGGAUCAUACAACAGACCGAAAGGAUUAUAAAUUUAAAAAUUUCUGCACAACCAUGGAAGCAACACAACCAGAAAGGAGUAUGAUAAAAUAAUGUCCAAAAUGGGAAGAAUUUGCCUAAAACUCCUAGAGAUCUAACCUGUAAAAAAAUCCAAAACUAAGACAGUAAAGUGUAUACACACUUGUCACAAUAAAUACAAAUUUUUGCCAAUGAA